AAAGUUUGAUCUCACUCCAAUCUUCACUCGCCUUCUUUCUCUCCACCAAAAACGAAAGGAAAAAAAUAAGAAAAAUAGAAAAGAAAAAUCUUUAUUGUCUAUCUAUCUUCAGUUGAAUUGAAUGGCGAGCGUUAUCUCAUCUUCUUCAACCAACAUUCAAUCGGGCCGGCCAAUCAUCAUCGCACGACAGCAAUCAUCACUGGGUGGUUCAUCCAAGUUCAAUCCUCGUCCCUUUCUUCUCAGUUCCAGUUUCUCCUCCGGUUUAAAGAUCCGUCACCACAAGAAUUUUAUUUCAGUCAAUAAUAAUAAUAAUAAUCAGUUUUCACGCAAAUUAGCAUCCAACAACAUUGUCUGCGAAGCUUCCUCAGAUACCACUGUUGAUGUUCCAUCAGUUACCAGUGAAACAUGGGACUCUUUGGUGCUCAAGGCCGACGGGCCUGUGAUGGUCGAGUUCUGGGCUCCAUGGUGCGGUCCAUGCCGUAUGCUUCUUCCUAUCAUUGGUGAAUUGUCAAAGCAAUAUGUUGGAAGACUCAAAUGCUACAAAUUGAACACAGAUGACAGCCCAGCCAUUGCAACUCAAUAUGGAAUUCGCAGCAUUCCCACAAUCAUGAUCUUUCUCAAUGGGGAGAAAAAAGAUGCAAUUAUUGGUGCAGUUCCAAAAACGACUCUAACUGCUUGUAUCGAAAAGUUCAUAUAGACGUUAUGGUAAGCGCAGCUUUUCACACCUCAUCAGCUUUCCUUGUUCCAUGUUUCCACAUUUUCUUUUGUAUCUUACUUGGGAAUUAAGUGUACAGUUAUUGAAGGUUCAUUGACAUGUAUGCAUAUCACCAAUACACAAGAAUUGUUAUAGUUAUUUAUAUCGGUAUUUUGGGUCUUA